UCAGACUCGCUCAGACGGACAAACUUCAACUUGCACAAUUUUUCAAAGCUGAAUUGAAUGAAAUUGAGAAAACAAAGUGUCAAUGUAUUUUUUCACAGACAUCGAUUCUGAAUUUAAAAACACAGGCCAACAUUAACCACAUAGAGACACAGAAGGACGAAUCUAACUCUGUUCUCGUUCUGAGAAGUAAACAUGUCUGUGCUGAAUCUCUCGUCCAUCCACCUAUUGCUUCUCGUCUCCUCUCUGUCUGGAGUAGAUGGCUAUUUUGGACACUUUGAGAUGAGGUGUCGGUUCAGCUCCGAGGAGCCCCGUGAUAUUGAGUUUCUGCUGCAGGUCUACGGCAACAAGAAGUUACUGGGACAAUACAACAGCACAACAGAGAAAUGUACGGUCUACACACAAUGGAUGAAGAACUUCACUGAAACGGCCUGCAAAGGCCCUGCUUUUCUGGCCGCGAGGAGAGAAGAAAUGAAGAAAUACUGCAGCAGCAACGUUCCUGUGGUGUUUGGGUACUUACUAGAUAAGGCAGUUGAGCCCUACAUCAGGCUGAGGUCAGUGGAGCCGUUCAGUACCAGACACCUGGCCAUGCUCGUGUGCAGCGCCUACGACUUCUACCCCAAACCCAUCAGAGUGACGUGGCUGAGGGACGGACAGGAAGUGACCUCAAAUGUGACUUCCACAGAGGAGCUGGUCAAUGGGGAUUGGACCUACCAGAUCCACUCGCACCUGGAGUACACACCCACACCUGGAGAGAGAAUUGCCUGUAUGGUGGAGCACUUCAGCCUCACUGAGCCCAAACUGUAUGACUGGGACCCCUCCAUGCCUGGUCCUGAGAAGAAUAAGAUGGUGAUUGGGGCCUGUGGGCUGCUGCUGGGGGUGGUCUUUAUAGCAGCUGGACUGAUCUACUACAGGAAGAAAUCUACUGAAGGACGAGUGUUGGUGCCGACCAUGGCGCUGCCAGAAAGUUAUGGCACCAUCUAGUGGUUCACACCAGUCUGCCUUCUGAAGGUUGUGAUCUGAACCCACUUAAUUAGUCUGGGUACCAGUCUUUUUAGCUUGUUGCCUUUUCCGUGACAUAUGCCAAGGAGGUCAAGUAGUGGAAUGUCAGCUAAAAAGACUGGUACCCAGACUACCACUUAAUCAUUCCAAGCACACUGUCUUCUCAGUCUCCCAGGCCUUUUGCAUUGGAGGAGAGGAGAGGUUGCAGCCAGAAACUCCCAAGGCCCUUCUAUGGGGAUCAGAAUCCCGGCAUUCAAAUCAAGAGUUUACCACCGAGUGGCCAACUUGAUCAAAUCUAUGUCCACAUCCUGUGCGUCUGAGACAUAAGAUCUAGGAUAUGAUUUUGUAAGGAAUUUUCAGAUGCGACAAACACGAUUGGUUUAUGGAAUUGUUCAUCCUUAGGUUUUGAUUCUAAUUCUUGUUUCUAUUGGCAACUGAUGUUAUUGUUAACUUGGCUUUGUCUUUAAUUAAAAUAGUUUUAUUUUGCAGUU